CGGGUGAGAGGCUGGAUCGGCGAGUGAGAGAAAGAGAGGGAGAGGAGCGAGCGCGGCUCGCCUCGUCGCCGGGGCAGCUCCACAUUGUUGCGGAUCGCCCGCACCGAGCGCGGUGGCGGCGGUGGGGACCCGUGGCGCACCCAGCUCGCUCCCCUCGCUCCUCCGAGACCGUGCAACCCAGAGCCCCGCGGGCAGCUGGCCGCUGUAGCCGCACACCACCGCCUGGGCCCCGAGCCCUCCGCACCGCCCGGCCACCCUCGGAGAACAACCGGCCAUGGACGCCUGCAAGUUGGAGCCGAGCGGGAGGGUGUGAGCGCGCCCCAGGGCCGGGAGCCUGCGCCGCGUUAGCCCGGUAGCCGGGCGAGCCGGGGGUGGGUCCCUCUCCCCAGCCCGGCUUUGCGUGGAAGAAGAGGGCGGGGACCGGGGCGAGGAGGAGAGCGGAGGAGGCGAAGGGGGCAUGACUCGUGCAACUUACUGCGGGCAUCUGCCGAGGCUCUGAGCCGGCGGCAGCCGGGGCCCGGAUUGCGGCCGCGCGGAUCCCACCCAGCCCACCCCGCCCCGACCGACGGCUGCGGCUGACCUGGAUCCUCCGAGUGCCCGCGGACCGCCAGCGAUUCGCCCUCGUCUUCCAGGCUGGUUUCUGGAGCGCGAGGAGCGCCCUCCUGGCAGCCCCUUUUGCUGGACCCCCGCCCCCCGAUGGCUCGGAUGGGGCUUGCGGGCGCCGCUGGACGCUGGUGGGGACUCGCUCUCGGCUUGACCGCCUUCUUCCUCCCAGGCACUCACACGCAGGUGGUGCAGGUGAACGACUCCAUGUAUGGCUUCAUCGGCACAGAUGUGAUUCUGCACUGCAGCUUUGCCAACCCACUGCCCACUGUGAAGAUCACCCAGGUCACAUGGCAGAAGGCCUCCAAUGGCUCCAAGCAGAACAUGGCCAUCUACAACCCAACGAUGGGUGUUUCUGUGCUGCCUCCCUACGAGAAACGAGUGGAGUUCCUGCGGCCCUCCUUCAUUGACGGCACCAUCCGCCUCUCCCACCUGGAGCUGGAGGACGAGGGCAUGUACAUCUGUGAAUUUGCCACCUUCCCCACGGGCAACCGGGAGAGCCAGCUCAAUCUCACCGUGAUGGCCAAACCCACCAACUGGAUCGAGGGCACUCAGGCUGUGCUUCGAGCCAGGAAGGGACAGGAUGACAAGGUCCUGGUGGCCACCUGCACCUCAGCCAACGGGAAGCCUCCCAGCGUGGUGUCCUGGGAAACGAGGCUGAAGGGCGAGGCAGAGUACCAGGAAAUUCGGAACCCCAACGGCACAGUGACCGUCAUCAGCCGUUACCGCUUGGUGCCCAGCAGGGAAGCCCACCGGCAGUCCCUGGCCUGCAUCGUCAACUAUCACCUGGACCGCUUCAGGGAGAGCCUGACACUCAACGUGCAGUAUGAACCUGAGGUGACCAUUGAAGGCUUCGAUGGCAACUGGUACCUACAGCGGACAGAUGUGAAGCUUACGUGCAAAGCAGACGCUAAUCCGCCGGCCACUGAGUACCACUGGACCACGUUGAAUGGCUCUCUCCCCAAGGGCGUAGAGGCCCAGAACAGAACCCUCUUCUUCCGGGGACCUAUCAACUACAGCCUAGCAGGAACCUACAUCUGUGAGGCCACCAACCCUAUUGGCACCCGCUCUGGCCAGGUGGAGGUCAAUAUCACAGAAUUCCCCUACACCCCGACUCCUGAACAUGGGCGGCGCGCGGGGCAGAUGCCCACAGCCAUCAUUGGGGGCGUGGCAGGGAGUGUCCUGCUGGUGCUGAUUGUGGUUGGAGGGAUCAUAGUGGCCCUGCGCCGGCGCCGGCACACCUUCAAGGGUGACUACAGCACCAAGAAACACGUAUACGGCAACGGCUACAGCAAGGCAGGAAUCCCCCAGCAUCACCCGCCCAUGGCACAGAACCUGCAGUACCCGGAUGACUCGGAUGAUGAAAAGAAGGCCGGCCCAUUGGGCGGGAGCAGCUAUGAGGAGGAAGAAGAGGAGGAGGGCGGUGGAGGAGGCGAACGCAAAGUGGGCGGCCCCCACCCCAAAUAUGACGAGGACGCCAAACGGCCCUACUUCACUGUGGAUGAGGCUGAGGCCCGUCAGGACGGCUAUGGGGACCGGACUCUGGGCUACCAAUACGACCCUGAACAGCUGGACUUGGCUGAGAACAUGGUUUCUCAGAACGACGGGUCUUUCAUUUCCAAGAAAGAGUGGUAUGUGUAGCCCCGCCUUCUGGAGCCUCUGUCUGUGCCCACUUCUUCCUGGCCCCUACCCGCACGCCCCCUGACCAACCCCACAGCCCACUGCCCCAGGAGCUCCACAGAGACUUGACCAGCUGCCCUAAACCAGCCCCAACCUCCUGGGGAGCCAGGGGAGCUCAGGGCAGAUCCCACUUGGCUUCCUUUUUUUUUUUUUUUUUUUUCCUCCCUCCCCCCACCCUUUCCCCAUGGUGUUGUGUUCGACCGUGGCUUUGGUGUUGCUGUAUCUUUCCUUUAAGGACCCCUUCCACUGCCCUAUGUGUAGGGAGCCCUGUUCUUGUCUUGUGUGCUUGGGCAUCCCUCCAGGGUUUGGGGAGCCAGUCCUCUCCCACCCCCCAACACUGGAAUUUGUUUGUGUUCUCUUCGUUGGGAAUGGAGGGCAAAGGGAGCUUCAAGAGGAAGCGCACCCUCACCCCCAUCCCGUAUGCUGCUCCUCUUCCCAGAGAGAAGUAACCCAAUGUCCCCCACUAAGCUGAUGCAGCCAGUGCACCUAAGAGGUUUUAGAGGAGUUCUCAGUGGUACCCAGGGGAGUCUUGUGUGUGAAAUAAUGGAGCCAAGGGAGGGUCCUGGGCAGUGUGUUUUCCUGGUGAGGGUGGUUUUAUGUUUUUUUUUUCUUUCUGGCCCCCAAAAUGGAGUUGGCCUAGGUCUCAUAUACCCCUCUCCGUUAACCCCAGUCUGUUCUCUACACAGUGGGUGACCCCAGGUGGACUCUACCCACAGUUCCUACAUGUCUCUGCCAACACGUGCACACAUAUCCAUGCACACAUCCCUGGGCCUAUGCCAAUCUCUCACGCCCUGCCCAGGCUGAACACUGCCCGAGGCUCACCCCUCUGCCCCAGCUCUUACCCGUUCCCAGCUCAGGAAGGGAUCAGCUCACAGAAGCAUCCAGAGACAGCUAGGAUGAACACCACACACACACACACACACACACACACACACACACACACACACACACACACACUUCUGCCACUCUAAGAGUUCAGUGUCACUCCAACCUUUCCUUACAGUGUACAGGUUUCUCAGAUGUCUCCUUAUCUGUCAAGUGCUAGCAACACUUGACUCUUCUGGAAAGUCAGGGCUGGGGUCCCGGGAAGGAGCAUGAGGCACAGAAGUACUGAUACGGAGAAGGCGGCUUUGCAGGAGCUCUGCAAACAUAAUCGGGUAGACCGAAGGGACUGCUGGUGUCUCAUAGGGGAAGGCUGGCCUAGAUGCCACGGCCCUCAAAGAAAGUGCAGGGGCCCCCAAGAACUUGCUGCUUAUCCAUAGUCCAAUUCCUGCUCGGUCUCUCCUGGUGCCAUGCUGAUCAGAGGGGAGUGUGGAAGGGCCUUCCUUUGCAUGCAGACUCCCUCUCUGAAUGGGAUUCUGGCUUCAUCGGCCAUUUGGGGCUGGGGCCUUCCCUUGAGUGCAUGGAGAAAGGUCCCUCCCAGCCCUCUGUCCCCAAGCUCAAAGUGCCUCAGUUUCUCCAUCUGUGCCCCCCCCAGGUUACCCUCAUUCUAAAUGGGCAUGCCUAGGGCCUGCCUGUCAGAAUCUCAGCUAACUCAGCCCAAGGUGACACUCACUGAGGGAUAGCAAAUGUUGGGGAGAGGGAGGUAGGCCAUUCUGUGCCCCACGGGCACUGACCCACCCUGCCAUAGGCUUCCUAAGGGAGCCCCAGCCCCUCACCCCACUCUUCCCUGGUGCUGCUAUUAAAUUCCCAGUCCAAGCGCCAUCUCUGACGUCCCACAGCCCACCAGUUGGGGCCUUCUGCCAGGCCCUCACUGCCCUAGUCCCAGCCCAGGCCGCCCAGUAGCCACGUAGCAGAAGUCUGAAGCCAUGUCAGCCCUGGGGCGGCUCUCCCCUCUUGGCAUUGGGGACACUGGAUGGGGUGAAGUUUGGAGACGAUUCUGGGGCCUUUCUAGCCACAGGGCGGAGGAAGAUGGAGGAGCUGGGCUGCUUCUCCCAGAAGUAUUAAUGUCCUUCCCAUGUCACAGCUCAUCCUGAUCCUCAUGCUACUCCGUCCCUCUCCUUGGUCCCCUUCUUCCCAAGGCAGGUGGCAGAACCUUGACUGCCCCCAUAGGGGCAUUUCUGUCCCUCUGGGGCCAUAAGACUAAAAGACUCACCCUCCACGUCUCUCACCUUUCACAGUCAUCCCCUAUCCCUUGUCUUGUGAUGAACUGAGGAGGCCCUGGGCCCGGACAAAGCACCUGAGCUCCCUUUACAGACCUGCACGCCUUUCCCCCAAGCAAAGCACAAUUUAUAGGGUCCAUGCAGCAGGAUCUAGGGUCCCCAGCUGUGGCACCAAGCGCUUCCAGGCAGCUGCCAUCUGGGCUAAGAGAGAGCAUGAAGCAAGGGUCAGUAGCUGGGCCCAAAGAGGGGGGCCUUUCUUUGCCCUGUGUUUGUGGGGCAGUGGACACAGCUGGCUGACAGGGUAGCAGAGAGGAGGGCAUUCUGCUUCACCUUCCUGCCUCCAACACAACUGAGCUUCUGCCAGACUGCAGAGAGUGAACUUGGUGUGUUACCUGCCCAGACCCCUCCAGUUGUCGUCCCUAGCUGCCCUCCCCCUCCUGUCUCUCCACUGCCCCUGGACCCUGCUUCCCUACAGAUUUUGGUAUUGUUCUGGUGUGCAACAACCCUCAGAGUCUCUUUUACCAGACGGACCUGAAAAACAGCAACACACGAUUAGUGAACACAUGCCCAGCACACCGACACACGCCUUCCACAGGCCAAGCACAGGUGUGUGUGUGCACAAAUACACACGAGGAACGAACGGGAAACCCGUACUAAUGCUUGGGCCCCGAGCCCUGGGAAGGCACACCCUCUGCCAGCCACCCCAGCGUGCCCCAGUCACUGGUGCAAUAAACUUCCUGCCGUCCUCGAGGUGGGAGAAUCAGGACUCAUGUCAGGUGGGUGAGGCCACCCCUCUGAGCCCAGUAGACACUGCAUUCCCUUUCCUGGGAGGAGGGGGGUGCUCCCAGGCCUCUGGGGGGUCCAGGUAGAGACUUCCCCAAGCCUAACUGCCAACUGAAACCCUCUCCUGGUGAGGGCAGGUGGCUCAAGCUGACCUGGGCCAGAGAUAACCAGAGGUGAGGAACCCGCCUCACUGAUGCUGCUUUCUGACCCUGGCUGUGAGGAAUGGGCUGGGAGUGAGGGGGUGGCUUUUUCUUUCUUUUCUUUUUUUUUUUUAAUAAAUGGAAACAAAAUCCAGGAGGAGCUGUCACCCUCACCUGAGUGUGACUAAGCUUCCUUUGCUUCAGUUUCUAUGUCACUGUUUUCCUCUUUGGUCCCGGGGACAGCCCAGCAGAUUCUCCUGGUCCUGACCUGGAGGGGGGAGGGGUUGCCCUGCCCCCCUUUUACUUGUAUUAAAAAAAAAAAAGAUGGGUUGAAAAUGUACUGAGAAAAAAAUGUACUUUUUUAUAAAUAAAGUGUUUAAAACAA